GGUGGGGCUUGGAAGCGGAAGACUACAGUACCUAGCGGUAUCUGGACAGUGACAUUGGGAUGGGACCUUCGACGUACAACGAUUCGUCCAGCGGCGGCCAAAAGCUGCACGGUGAUUGGCCUAGCAGCCUGUCAGUUACUGGCAAGUGCUGUUAAGUUUUGCUGUUGGGCUACACUGAGAGGGAGGGAGAACUGAGCUUGAGGAGCCCGGACGGGCCUGAAGUGUCAGCUUGAUACUCAUGGACGUUGGACGGACCAGAGGCAGGGAUGGUUGGCUAUGACGCCAAAGCAGAUGUCAGGAGUAACUCCAAGUUGGAGGUGGCGGUGGCGGGAUCAGUGUCAGGAUUUGUCACCCGUGCCCUGAUCAGCCCUUUGGACGUCAUCAAGAUCCGUUUCCAGCUCCAGAUUGAACGCCUGUGUCCAAGUGACCCCAAUGCCAAAUACCACGGAAUCUUCCAGGCAGCCAAGCAGAUCCUGCAAGAGGAAGGCCCAAGAGCAUUCUGGAAAGGACACGUUCCAGCCCAGAUUCUGUCCAUAGGCUACGGAGCUGUCCAAAAGAGACGGCUGUGACUGAGGAUGUCAUUCACAGGAAGAUGACAGACAGGCAGCCGGUGUGAUGGGGGAGCGUGGAGCACCACUUUAGCUUGCUUGUGAGGCCCACAAAGCAAACAUUUCAUGAGAGAAGGGGCAGGAUGCUCAUCAUGGAGCCAGGGUCAGGGUGGUGUCCAUGCCACUCUCCCACCUGUUGAAGUCUACAGCUUACCAGGUUGUCACGUCUGUGUUGUCCCAGGUUCUUGUCUGAUACACAAUUAGACAUCGCACCCUGUGAAAGCAAGGUCCCGGGAAGCGUGGCUGACAGGAGGUGGGCGUUAGGGGAGGCUGUGCCCUGUCAACAGAGAUGAGUGAUUCUCCGUGGUGUAGAGUCCCCUGCCACAAAUCACAUAGCUUUUCUUAGGUUGCAGUGGAUUAAUGGAGUUUCCUGCAUCUUCUAAACCUAGUAUGAUGGCACACACCUGUAAUCCCACACUUGGGGAUUGAGGCAGAAGGAGCAACAUAAAUCCAAGGCUGUACUGGUCUAUGGAGCAGGUUCCGGCCAGCCAGGCUCUUCAGUGAGGCCCUCACUCAGAAAGUGAUAGUAAAACAGUUCUGUGUAUUUGUUCUCUCUUCUUCUUUCUUCUGCUUUCUCUCUCUUUCUCUCUGUGGUGAUAGUGUUUGUAUGUUCACAUGUGUGUGCAUCUGUCUUUGUGUGUAGGGUAUGUAUGUAGACCAGAGAUAUGUCCUCCUCACUCUCCCAUGCAUUUUUUUUUUUUUAAUUUGGCUUUUCAGGACAGGGUUUCUCUGUGUAGCCCUGGCUGUCUUGGAACUCACUCUGUAGACCAGGCUGGCCUCGAACUCACAGAGAUCCACCUACCUCUACUCCCCCCCCCCCCCGGCCCCCGUCCCCUGUCUCCCCAGUACUGGGAUUAAAGGUGUGUACCACCACCACCUGACUGUCUACUGUAUUGUUUGUUUUAGGGUUUUUUAAGACAGGGUUUCUCCAUAUAACAGAGCCCUGGCUGGUCCUUGAUUCAAUUUAUAGACCAGACUGGCCUAAAACUGACAAGAAAUUCACCUGCCUCUGCCUCCCGAGUGCUGGGAUUAAUGUUGUGCACCGCCGUGCCUGGGUCUCUGCUGUAUUUUUUUGAAUCAGGGCUUCUCCCUAAACCGGGAGCUCACUGACUUGGUGAGACUGGCUGACCAGCAAGCCAUAUGGAUCCUUGUGUCUCUGUCUCCGCCACCACUGACUCUGGAAUCACAGGCAUGCACCGCGGCACCCUGCUUCAUGUGUGGGUGCUGGAGCUCAGAUACUUUACCGAUUUUUGGCCUUUGAAGAGUUGACUGAGCUGCUCUACCAAGCCAACUUGUACCAAACGCACCAGUUCUCAGCGCACUUUGUGUGCGGCGGCCUGUCUGCUGGCACUGCCACCCUCACCGUACACCCUGUGGACGUCCUGCGUACCCGCCUUGCCGCUCAGGGCGAGCCCAAGAUCUAUAACAAUCUGCGAGAGGCCAUACGGACCAUGUAUAAGACCGAGGGCCCCUUCGUCUUCUACAAAGGCUUGACUCCCACCGUGAUCGCCAUCUUCCCCUACGCGGGCCUGCAGUUCUCCUGCUACCGCUCCUUAAAACGUGCCUAUGACUGGCUCAUACCACCAGACGGAAAGCAAACAGGGAACCUUAAAAACCUGCUUUGUGGCUGUGGUUCGGGAGUUAUCAGCAAGACCUUUACAUAUCCCCUGGACCUCAUCAAGAAGCGCCUGCAGGUGGGCGGGUUCGAACAUGCCCGGUCUGCCUUUGGCCAGGUGCGGAGCUACAGGGGCCUCCUGGACCUCACCCAGCAGGUACUACAGGAAGAAGGCACCCGGGGCUUCUUCAAGGGCCUGUCCCCCAGCCUGAUGAAGGCUGCACUCUCCACUGGCUUCAUGUUCUUCUGGUACGAGCUCUUCUGUAACCUCUUCCACUGCAUAAGGAGGGAAGACAGAUAGUUGUGAGGCAGGAGGGGCCUAAGGAGGGGCCCGACAAGACUUGGCUCUGAGCUCAUACUGAACAAUGGCUGCUGCCUGGUUGGCCUUCCAGGCCAGCUGCCGGGAGCAUGAAGUCAUCCGGAGCUGAAGGCAGAAGGACGCAAGGGCCUUCGCUGAACAGAAGGAAGAGAGAAGGGGGUGCUUGCACUGUAAAAAGAAGGCCUAGGUGGAGGAACCUGGUGCGCAUGCGUCUCACCUCCGACCAGCCCAAUCCAGAAGGAACUGGCCAUCCUUUUUUGCAGUCCUGGCUUUGGGGAGAAUGCUCCUAGUCCUGAUAGGACCACACUGGAGUGCAGACGGGGCCGGGCUCUUUGCACAGUUCUAACCUAUACAACUUGGUCUGCUCCUCCUACCAACUUAUUUAAUAGACAUUAAAGUAAAACACGCAUUCCUUGUGUCACUCCUAUAGCUUAGGAACACAUCCCAUCUGAGGGAGGAUGAUGGGGGAGGGGCCUUUCUGGCUUGCAGCCCUGAGGUAGCCAUGCUUGUCAGCUUAGGGGGAGAACCCUGUCAUGUGGGUAGCUUCUGAACUCCCAGGCCCAAGCCUUUGUGCCUGUGAGGCUCCACAACAGGUCAGGGAGGAAACUGAGACAGAGGCGGUGAAGGGCAGACAGGAGUGGCUCCUCUCCUUCCCCUCCCACUGGAGUGCAGGGGCCAUCACCAGCUCUGCACGCAUGCUGCACACCAUGUCCUCUAAUCCCAGAUGGGCCUCAGGCCCAGGGCAUGGGAUGUCCGACAGCCUGGUGAGGUGUGGUGGGCGCUGUAGGCAGAGCCAGGGAUGCAGAUGAAGAGGGAGCUUCCUGUUCACGAGAAGAAUCACAUGACUGCUGUCUUUCCCAUGCUCGAGCCUAGUGGUGGGGUUGGUCUAAAGAAGGAAGGGAGGAGAGACUUCUUGACUUUGUGGGAUUCCAGCCCCUGCCAUAACUUGGAUUGUAAUGCCUGCUGGGAAUGGCCCUGAUCGUGAAAACUGGGGCUCUGCCCUGCCUGUCAGUUCCACUCUCCCCUCUGUGGUCCACUGUAGCCCUCCCCUAGUGGUUCACUUUUCUGAUCUUGGCUCCUGAUUCUGAAGACCCAGGGUCACUUGGGAGGGCUUCUGAGAUGGGUGGCCCGUUGGCUUCCUGGGCUUGGAGCAGCAGAAGUGUUUUGUGACCCUAUUGCUGGAGAGAUGUGAAUAAAUUUAUAUACCAGAGGAGAAGCUGACUGCA